AGAGACCGGGCUGCUGGAUCAGGACCAAGAUAAGGACUAGGAUCAGGACGAGGAUCGAGACGGUACGGUGUGUGGACAGUGCGUCAUGCGGACUCGGAUGUCGCGCAGCAAAAGUCAUUAAAAACCUGAAGGCUGGAUCUGGCAGAACCGCGGUCAUGGGAUCUGCUCUGCGGCAUCGCUGGGUGGUGGUCCAACUCCUGAUGCAGGUGUGGCUGGCAGCAAAUCCAUCUCUGAGUGAGCGCCCGUGCCCCAAAAGCUGUCGCUGUGAUGGAAAAAUUGUUUACUGUGAGUCAAGCGCAUUUCGUGAUGUUCCCAAGAACCUCUCUGGAGGCUGUGAAGGUCUGUCUCUACGAUACAACAGCCUGGCCAUUCUUCGUUCUGGACAGUUUGUAGGACUCAACCACCUCAUAUGGCUCUACUUGGACCACAAUUACAUUGCCACCGUGGAUGGAAUGGCUUUCCAAGGAGUCCGGAGGCUUAAAGAGCUGAUCCUGAGCUCUAACAAGAUCACAUCACUUCACAACACCACAUUCCACCCAGUCCCUAAUUUGCGUAAUCUUGACCUGUCGUACAACAAGCUGCAAGCUUUGCAGCCUGGGCAGUUUCAGGGCUUACGGAAGCUUCUCAGCCUCCACAUACGUUCAAACUCUCUAAAAGUCAUCCCAAUGCGUCUAUUCCAAGAUUGCAGAAAUCUUGAGUUCCUGGAUUUGGGUUACAAUCGGCUGCGCAGUAUCACUCGGAAUGCAUUCUCAGGCCUGGUUAAGCUCACUGAGUUGCAUCUGGAGCAUAACCAGUUCUCAAAAAUCAAUUUCUCUCAUUUUCCUCGGCUUUACAAUCUGCGGGCACUUUAUCUGCAGUGGAACCGCAUUCGCUCACUGAACCAGGGCUUGACUUGGACCUGGGCCUCAAUCCAAAAACUGGAUCUUUCUGGGAAUGAUCUGACAGAGGCAGAUGCUGUAGUUUACCAAUGCUUACCCAACCUGCAGACACUUAACCUGGACUCCAAUAAGCUGACAAAUAUUUCCCAAGAGGUGGUUGAUGCUUGGAUCUCUUUGACGACCAUCAGUUUAGCUGGAAACGUAUGGGACUGUGGCACUUCCAUCUGUCCUCUGGUUACCUGGCUGAAAAACUUCAGAGGCGCAAAGGAGACCACUAUGAUCUGUGCCUCCCCCAAGAAAGCCCAGGGGGAGAAAGUGAUGGAUGCUGUUGAAGCUUUUGAUGUUUGUCACUCAAGCCCACUGACAACACUCACUGUGAGUCCUGCUCCAGCCCCAUCUAAUCUCCCUGUACAGACAGACUUUCACCCAGCCAUUCCUGCAUCACCUACUGUUUCUGGAAAGAGAAGAGAGGGAACCAUUGGAGCCCCCACAUCAUCAGUAGUUACCCCACCUGUGGCACUUCCACCAGAGCAGGACUUGGAGCCUGUGUCCUUCCAUAAGAUUGUUGCUGGAAGUGUUGCUCUUUUUCUAUCUGUUGCAAUGAUCCUGUUGGUGAUCUACGUGUCUUGGAAGCGCUAUCCUAGCAGUGUCAAGCAGCUGCAGGAGCAUUCAGCGGCCGCUCGCAAGCACCGCAAGAAAGUCAGAGAGACCGAGCGCACGCUGAGCUCUCCGCUGCAGGAGUACUAUGUGGACUACAAGCCCACCAACUCUGAGGCCAUGGACGUGCUUGUGAACGGGACAGGACCCUGCACCUACACUAUCUCAGGCUCCCGAGAAUGCGAGGUCCCUCACCAGAUGGGUGCACUGACCUUCUACCGCUAUGAACAACCUAUCGUAGACUACUGCCAGGCCCAUCAGCCCCUGCGGCUUAACAUGGGCUUUGAGGGACCCCCACAGGGCCUGGAGGACCUGGGACCAUGUGAAAGGGGACAGAUACAGACAGUGGCACUGCCAGCUGUUCCCUCUGCUGCCAGCAUAGGUGCAUCAAUGCCACGGCCUUGCUCUCCUCCACCCUCCCUUAGACCAAGCGAGGGUCCCAGCAGUGGUCCUUUCCCUAUUGCCGAGCGCACUGGCACGCUCAAAUUUGGACGCUAGCAAGUCAAGCCCGGUCAUGAAAGUCGGAGCCUUUGAUUCACCGUGACGUUAAAGUGACGGGGCAGGUGAGCUGGUUCUCAAGGGGGGCCUUGUUUUCUGAACAUGACUUUGUGAAAUAGAGAUGUAAAACAUGUGUCAUCUGUCUGUUCUCACUGAUAUACAACAGAGGUUGUGACAUCUUUACUGAUUGAUUUGUGUUUGUUUUCCUUUUUUUCCAAAGCACCUUAUUGAAAACAUAUCAUUACUGACAUAUUGAAAUCAUCCACCCCAAUAACUUAAACAUAUUACCUUCUUUCCAAUGUUGGUCUUUGCUAAAUUUCAUGUCAGCAUUGUCACUACGGCAAUCCAUGUUCACUGACACAUGAGAGGAAGGGAAAUUGCAAUAAUCAUGUGUUCAUAAUUACAAAAAGUUCAAAUAGUAACACAACAGAGAUGGAGUGGAGAAUCAUGUGAAGAGCAGGAGGAUUCUUACUGUGUCAUAUUCAGUUGCUCACAAAGGCAAAUCAAUAUCUUUAUAAAGACGAGUCAUUUCCUCAAGAAAAGCAAAGACAGAUUUUGCAUUUCCUUUGUGUUACAGUUGUAUGACUUUGUUGGUGAUGUGUCAUGUGGAAUUCCACUGACUGGUAUGUCAAACCAAAGAGUUUACUUGAAUUUUCUUUUAAUGCACAUGUGCUAAUUUAGCCAAGAGCAUUCUCAAAAUGCCACUUGUUUCACUAAUCUCACAUCUGCCAACUCAAAUUCACAAUUACAACCAAAUCUCUCGAUGUGGUCGUUACAGCUGGGCUGAGCUUGUCUUUACAGAUUUACCAGCAUUACUUAGAAGUGAGGGAGUGAAACUCAAAUGUAUCCAUAUGAUGUAUCUUACCUUCAAUUCACCAGUUCAGGUGUUACAACCACAGAAACAUUUGUGACUUGAUCAAUAAUUUGUCCAUGAUCCAUAGUACAUAGCCAUUUUCCACACCAGUAUGUCAAGUCUACGGUUUUCUCUUCAAAAGUGUGGAGUUAGGCAAGUGGACUUAAUGGAGUUUUGUUGUUGUUCAUCAUAUCUACACUCUUGAAGACACAGAACCUGAUUCACUUUGCUUUAUAGAGUUAAUCAUGGGGAUUUUUCUUUCCAAGAAAUUGUACAUAUAUUUAAAAAAAGGUCCACUUUACUGAAGGCCAAACCACUCUCGCCGCCUCAAACAGUCAUUCCAAGCAUUGGUGAGUCAACGUUUGACUUCAAUCAUUCUGGACAGUUUGCAGAACAACGUCUCUCUCCUGCGAUCCCACAUGUCCUUCAUCACAGAGAACAACAGUGCCUCGUGGGAGCAUAUCAGCACACUGACUCCUCUCUGACCUGCAACUGGACUGACUGGAGGUCAGUACUGGGAAUAUUGGCUGACAUCUCCUGGUUUUCAGAGGUUUUCAAGGCUGGUCUGUGGUGCUGGACUUUGUUGCACACGGUAACACUUUGUCCAUCUUGUAGAGCACUGCUGCAUAAUGACUAAGCAGUUGAUGAAGACUUGGGAUACGGCUGUGAUGGCCUGUCAAGUGUCAUCUCCGGCUUGAUCCAAGCAGUGCACAGAGGUUGUUUUGUGCAUGUCAGUGGACACACUCGCAGACGUGGAACUGACUGAUCUGCAGAUGAAUCUUUGCGAUAAGAGAAAACAACAGACAUUCUUUGGUUUGUUUGGUUUGUUAUUUUGUCUUUUUGGCUUCAAAGAAAUGUGACAGUUUUUCAUGUGUUCACAGAUGAUGUCAAGAAAUUGUAUAAGACUAAUCACAGGACAGAAUUGAAUAGAACUUAUUUAUCUUGUAAAUAGUGAAACUUUAAUAAGGAAGAAAAGUAUGAACUUCACUUCUUCUGAAACACAAUCUCCUUGUGACUAGAAGAGGAGCCUUAUUCAAUUUCCAGUGGGAAUGAUGAUUCCCAUGACUGGGGUUCCUAUAACACUCCUGUUGUUUUGAUGAUUAUUAUUUGAUGAAUAUUUUUCUAUCUGCUCCCAUCAUGAUUCCACCCCUCCACCAUAAAACAUGAAUGAUGUUAGUGUGGUUCUCAAAUCCAGUCAUUUUAUUGAAUCCUAUAAAAAGGCUGAAACCUUGUCCUUCUCAAUAUUUUCUGUUCAGACUUCAGAAAUGUGUAAGAGCUUAUCAUGCAGGAGUUGACUGUAUGACUUCUUGUUAAAUAACUAAUCUACAAUGUUAUGGUCGACUCAAGGAUAAAAUGUGCUAGUUUAGAGUUUAAUGUGUGAAAGAUUAUCUUUCUGUCUGUCUGUCUGACUUUCUUUAGUAAAUGUGCCAUUAUUGUGUUAAAUGUUUGACCAAAACCUGCCCAAAAAGACAAGCAACCCAAAAGUGUCCAUGAGUAAGAUGGGGUUCAGUCCCCUCUGUGUAUAGGAUACUGCAUACAGAGCAGUUGAUUCACUCAGCACAGGUGCUUAAUAGUGCUGGUGGAGUUUACUUUGUAACAGCAGCUGUGCCAACGUCUUUAUAAUUGGGAGCUCUCUCAAUUCUCUCCAUGUAUUGUCUUGCCUUGCUCUGUAUCACCCUGCUAACUCCUUGGCCUGAAUUUCAUGUCUGCGUCUUGGUGACUCGCGUGAACCGGUUUAAUGAUUUUCUAUUUAUGUCUGCAUGUUGAUAUUUUUGGAAACUACACCCAGUUAGGAAAGAGCACUGAACCAGAGACAAACAUCUGCUGUUUUGUAAAACCACAAGCAUGUGUCAUGGACAACUUCACUGUUUUCAAAGCAAAGUUAUUUGCUGUUUCCAUCAUGUCUCUGUCCUAAAAUGUAAUUCCCCAGCUUACAUAGGGAAGCUUGUGUGGAAAGUCAUUUCAGAGACAGACUUUCCAUUUAAUAAUCGUCUGCUGAAAGUAAUAAUAAUUACUUUCUUCUAAUAAUAAUCAUUUGUGACAGGCUGUACUCAGAGGUGUACUGCCGCCCUCCACUGUUUUCACAGCAGUGAUACUGAUUUCAAUUCAUUUCUAAACAGAGUGAUCACGGGUGAUUUUCCCUUCAUGUGUAAUCACAGAAUGUGUGUAUAUUUUAAAAUAUACUGCAAAUAAGUCAUGGAUGAGUCACGCCUCCCUCCCUGAUAACAUUGGAUAUUUUCACUGGAAAUGUUUCAAUCCUGCUGCCAGCAAUUAUUUAGUCUUUUUUCCAUUUGUGCUGUAUGUUAAUGAUGCAUGUUUGAGCUGAACCCCAGCACUGUCUGCACAACAAACACCACAAUGCCAACAGGCUUCAUUUUCCCCUUCUCUGCUUUGGUUAUUUAUGGUUUUGCACACACACACACAUACAGUAGCUCUGCAGAGUUAAGACUCAAGUCCACGCUGGACACGUCUUUUAUUUUGUUGGGGUGAAUAUGGGUGUGAAGAAUUGGAGUGAAAACUUCUAUAUUUCAUUGUUUAUGCUCAAAUGAAAAGCUUAAUGUAAAUACUGUAGGUCAGAGGAGACAAGGAACCACAGAUGCUCGAGUUGAGAUGGAUGAAUUAGGAAGUUCAAGGGGAUUUCAUUUAGUCACAAACCAUACCAGGCAGUUUUUUCCCCACAUUAGAAAAUGACUCAGGUUUAGCAAGAAGGUCAAUGAUGUGUGAUUGUCUUUUGGCUGCUGUAUGCCUGUAGGUGAUGCUACCUUCACCCAACAUACACUCCUUUUCAUACUUUAUCAGUUCCUGUUAAUGAGUGAUUUAGAUUUUUUACCGGAGUUUCAAAUCAAUUCAUAAUAUUUACAGAUCAACUAAUCCACCUUAAAUGUAUUAGGGAGAGACAUAAUCUUUCAAACUGAUGGUCCUUUAACUUCAUCCCUGCAGAGGAAGUGAUGUCCUGUUAAUCCAGGUCCAUGCAGAAAACAUGGUGGUAACAUUCUCAUUAAAGGCUAUCUACCAUUGAACAUAUUCUAAUUCAUUAACUGAUGAAUAGAUUUGCAAAAUAUGAUCAGGUUUGAUUUGGAUUUCCUGUUCAUUCAUCUUCAUACAUAUGUGUGUGUGUGUGUGUGUGUGUGUGUGUGUGUGUGUGUGUGUGUGUGUGUGUGUGUAAAGCAGCACCUAAUCCUCUACCUCCUCCGAUUGAUUGUUAUUGUUUCAUGCUGUUUCACGUUAGCAGGAGAUCUUGAACCUGUGACCCACAUUGUUCGGACUCUUGCUCAUGUUACAGGGAUUGUGUAAUCAUUAACCUCUGUCGCUGAAAAACACACUUUUUCAUAUUUCUGAUAAGCCUGGCUUAUUUGCCCAUAACUGGUUUAAUGUAGUAUCAUUAAAACGGGCUGUGCUGCAGUCCAAACAGAAAACAGAGAGAAACUGACAGAAAACAAUAUCUGAUUUGAUAUUUGCAUCACUGCAGGCUCAAAGCACUUUUCAUUCAAACCACAGGAUCCCCCGUCUCCUUACUCAUUUCUUGCAGAGAGUGUUGCUUUCUGUCGGGUGUAAAUAUGCGCUGCAUUGUUUUCUUUGGUAGUUGGUUGUUGACUUUUUUUUCCCUAUUUGUUUUUCAUUCUUUUUACUGUAUUCAGACCUUAUGCCUUUUUGUGAAGAACUGGUCCAAGCGCAAAAAUAUGGCUCUUCUUUGACUAUAUUAUUGUCAGAAAAUGUUUUGUAAAGAUUUUGAUGACGAUAUCAAAAUAAACAUCUAAAGAUGGUA